AUGACCGAGUUGCGAAAACAAGGAAACAGCCCACUUCGUCCUUGUUCUGUGGUCCGAGUACUAAUUUCGGGCAUCGAUGCAUCUCUACCAUCCUCUGCUUCUCCUCUCAUCUUUGUCAGCCCCAGCCGAUGCUCUUACUCCUUUCCUACCACCAACAUUGAUUCUUCUCCGGAUAAUGCCAACAGAAUUGAGAACUCUAAUUUGCUUACUUCCACUUUGAAUCAACCCAUGGAUGCCAAAUCUACUUCCAGGCCAAGAUCCCAUCCACCCACUUUAAUUACAGUUGAUGUAAGCACUGGAACGCUGUAUAUCUUUGAUUCUGUCAAUGUGGUUCCUAUUGAAUACCUUGUUGACAAAGAAUGA